UAAGCAAGGCACAGUUGUUGGUGAGAAGCCAGUUGUUCCCUCCAGCUCCGUCCAGCACCAGCAGGAGACAAGAUCAUCAGAGAAGAGUUGUGAAGCUAGCGGACAGAGACCCUCCUCCACCCUCGUCAUGUCCAUUUUUUUCCCCCCUGCUCCGUCCUUUUGUCUGUUGUUUUCUCGCUGUUCCUUUUUUCCUUCCCUGACCCCUACCCCACUUCUCAAGGUAACUUAAAACAGGAAGUUGACUCUCUGUGAAAAGGGGUGGAGCAGAAAAAGGCUGAGGAAAGGGAGGGCAGACGGGCGGGCGGAUGGACGGAGGGUGGAAUUACACAGCCUAAGGACAGUCAGCUGAGCCAGUGGAAGCGAAAACGGGAUCUGUCGGAUUUGAAGAGAAGAAAUGGGUGGGAUCUGGAAGAGAGGCGGGCCAUAAGUAUCACGUAGCAGGCUAGAUUGCUUACUUUCAAGUGUUAAAGGGAAAGCAGGCAGGAGAUUUUCUGUCCAGCGCUUGCUGUACUGAUCUACAGUCUCUCUCCUCCCGUCUCUCACUUUCUCUGCUGUUUUCUGACUUCACACUGAAGCAGGGGUCAACUGAAAGACGAACCGAAUCGUGGCCAGGCACAGACGGACUGAAGGCUGUAGGAGUCAAUCAGAGGAGGAAUGGAAGGGGGCUGUGUGUUUAGGGAAGGGGGGGUAGGAGUUGAUGGGGUAGUGAAAGCGGAGGGGGUUUUGAAAAGGGGGGGUUGUUGCUUUCCUCUCGGCUUUGGGAUCUGCGUGCAAUGCCGACUGCCUACCCUACACACAGCCUUUGUUUGCUCCCAGGACAGAGCCUGGUGGGACUAGAGUUUCUCUGUCCGGCUCUAAAAGGGACUCUGAUCCUCCUCCUGUCUGCAGCGCACUAUGAAGGGCAAAAGCAGAUCUGGAGAUGUCAGACUCUUUCGGAGCAGCGGGAACAGAUGCCCAGCAGAACCUGCAGUCCUUCUGGCCCAGGGUCAUGGAGGAGAUCAGGAACCUCACUGUGAAGGAUUUUCGCAUGCAGGAGCUUCCACUUGCUCGCAUCAAGAAAAUCAUGAAGUUGGAUGAGGAUGUGAAGAUGAUCAGUGCUGAGGCUCCAGUGCUGUUUGCCAAAGCAGCUCAGAUCUUCAUCACUGAGCUCACUCUGAGAGCCUGGAUUCACACCGAGGACAACAAACGGCGCACGCUACAGAGGAAUGACAUAGCCAUGGCAAUCACCAAGUUUGACCAGUUUGACUUCCUCAUUGACAUUGUCCCAAGAGAUGACCUUAAGCCACCCAAACGACAGGAGGAAGUGCGUCAGUCGGUUACCUCGACAGAGCCAGUGCAGUACUACUUCACGCUGGCUCAGCAGCCUGGUGCUGUACAGGUGCAGGGGCAACAGCAAGGCCAGCAGGUGGCUACACCCACCACCGCCACCACCCUCCAGCCAGGCCAAAUCAUUAUCGCCCAGCCACAGCAGGGCCAGGUGUUGCAGGGGACCACCAUGCAGCAGCUACAGCAGGUGCAGGUAGCUCAAUCACAGGCUACCCCUAUCACGAGUGCUCCAGUGACCAUGCAGGUGGGCGAGGGCCAGCAGGUGCAGAUAGUGCAGGCAGCUGCACAAGGCCAGGCUCAGGCCCAGGCAGCGCAACCAGCCGGUCAGACCAUGCAGGUCAUGCAGCAGAUCAUCACCAACACAGGAGAGAUUCAGCAGAUCCCUGUGCAGCUGAACACCGGAGGCCUGCAGUACAUCCGUCUGGCUCAGCCAGUUUCAGGAGCACAAGUCGUUCAAGGACAAAUACAGACACUCACAACCAGCACUCAGCAGGUAUCACAGACAGAAGUGCAGCAAGGGCAACAGCAGUUCAACCAGUUCACUGAUGGUCAGCAGUUGUAUCAGAUCCAGCAGGUGACGAUGCCAGCGGGUCAGGAGCUAACUCAGCCUAUGUUCAUCCAGUCAACGAGUCAGACAGCUGAUGGCCAGGUCAGCACACAGGUCAGCGCUGACUGAUGCGCCUCACUUCCUCUCUGACGCCCAGGCACUGACUGCGCCGUAACCACACUGCUCCAGACCAGCUCAACCAGAGGGAUCCCUACCACACCACUAUCAAUACCCACACACGGUGCCAUUUUGUUUACCAUCCACAGCCAUAUGCAAUGCCAACAUGGCCGUCUGCUCUAACUGCACUUAGCCUUAGAGCUUUUGCUCAUUUCUGACUGCAGUUUUAAAGAACUAUACAGAUGAUCACACUGUGGCAGAAAUGUAUUUUGCUUUUGCCACAGCCAGGGCCAUCCUGGCUAGUUUAGUUCACUCUCCUCCCACCACAGUGUCUGGUAACACAUGUUCAUCCAUGACACUAACCAACAUUUUCCUGUCUUCAGCCAAACAACACAUUAUUCCAAAUGUAUUUUCUUUAUGGUUACAAAGCAGCCAGUCAGCAAAUCCGCAGUUUUUCCAGACCCGGAAGAAUGUGGGAACAAUGUGUUCAAAUCGAAGCUGAUGUGGUUAUAUGAUCAUAUAACUCAACCUAUCUAAUCCAAAUGUUGUGGAGCUUAUUAGAUACUUGUCCCCAAAUGAUCCCUGUUGAUCUGAUCUCAGUACAGAGACUCCAAAUGUCCCAGUCUUCCCUGCAGUGUACUUAGAGCAUGUAUUGGUGACGGUGGUCUGAUCGAUGUGUGAAGACUCCUCUGCCUUGUCUAAGGCCUUGGAGAGUCCUGCCUCUGAGCUUUGUGUGGUUCUGAAUAAAAACUUCUGUCCUGGCUCGAGUUCCUGUUAAGCCCUGAUUUGUUCAUCAUGUCGUCUUGUGUACAAUUCAAAACUUAAGCCAUAAUCUACACAUCUUGUACAUGUUGAUCUCUGUAGUUUGUAUGAUAACUCUGAAAUUCACUUUUAAUCGUAUUAGUUUGAUUUUAUUAGUUUCUUGUAUAGGUCUGUAAUUUGAUAAUGUGAUCUUGUUGAAAGGGCUUCUUACUGUUGGGUUUUCUCCAUGCAAAGUGUGUGUGUGUGUGUGCGUGUGUAUGCAUGGUUGGGUGGGUUGGUAAAGGGUGUAUGAGUGUAAUGGUUUGUGUACCCUUUGUGUUUGAUAUUGUGCAUUAAAUCCCUCUUUGGAUCAGACAUAAAAUAAUUUUUUCCUCA